UCAACUUCUUAAAAAUAUUUUCGUCUAAUUAUUUCAUAAUUCUUUGAGUGGAAAAACCGAAGACAUAGAAAACCACAAUAUUUAGUGUUAUAGCGGCAUUUGAGCCGUUUGAGAGAUGAAAGUCGCUCUACUGAACAUUCGGUUUGAAAUAUCUGACCAAUCCAAUAUAAUUAACUAUCUAGAGUUUAAAGCGAGGGGUUUUAAUGCGACAGCCAAGGCUAGUUACGCCAAGGUGCUCAGUGAACAACAAACAUUCCCAGCCAAGCUUGACAGUGAUUACUUAGAAGAAUUAAGAGGGUCUAGAAAAAUAAGUGAGAUCCAAAUAGAGACUUAUCUCAGUAAAGAUUACGACCUAGAGGCUAUUGAAGAGUUUGUGAGUGACAGUUCAAUGAGUGAAAGCCUCUAUGUUCGGGCUGGAUCUGAGGGAAGGGGAGUUGGCAUUAAGAAUGCUGGAUCUGAUGGGAGUGGAUUUGGCUUGAAGAAAGCUGGAUCAGAUGGGAGUGGAGUUGACGUGAAGAAGGCUGGUUUGGAUGGGAGUGGAGUUGAUGUGAAGAAGGCUGGUUUAGAUGGAAGUGGAGUUGAUGUGAAGAAGGCUGGCUUGGAUGGGAGUGGAGUUAACUUGAAGAAGGCUCGUUCAGACGGGAGUGGAGUUGAUGUGAAGAAGGCUGGUUUGGAUGGGAGUGAAGUUGGCUUGAAGAAUGCUGGCUUGGAUGGGAGUGGAGUUGAUGUAAAAAAUGACCAGACCACUUCUGUGAAAAAAAGCUUGGAAGACAAGGAAGUAUCAACAACAGUGAAAAAUGGAAAAGUGGGCUCGAUGGAGGGUGACACUGGUGUACGCCCAAAGUCUCAGAGCCCGACACCCAAGGGCAUGGCCAGCCUGCAUUUCUAUUCUGGAAACCCGGGUGUUGAGAAACUGAAAGGAAUUCUACACAUAUACAAGGACAAUCACAUGACAUCAUUAUCCGAGGACACAGCGCGGAGUGAGCUUAUAUGUAUGCUGGCUGUACCUGCCAAGUACACCAUACAUGACCUGCUCAAGUUCAACGCUCCUUUCUUGAAAGGAAUUGAGUACAUGAGGAUCAUCAGGGACGGCGCUCCCAACCAGUACAUGGUUCUAGUCAAAUUCAGAGAUCAGUCCCUAGCAGACGAGUAUUACAGCACCUAUAACAAUGUGACCUUCAACAGUAUAGAGGCUGACAUCUGUCACCUGGUGUAUGUUGGACAGGUGGAGAUGCUUAAAGAGUCUGAGAAUGCGUGUAUGCCGAUCCCAGGUAUGACAGAGCUGCCCAACUGUCCAGUGUGUCUGGAGAGAAUGGAUGAGUCUGUUGAUGGGAUUCUGACCAUCCUGUGCAACCAUGCCUUCCAUAUGCACUGCCUCAGUCAGUGGUUUGAUACCAGUUGCCCUGUUUGCCGGUACAGUCAGACUCCGGAGGAGGUGGAUGAAAACAGAUGUAUGAAGUGUGGCUCGCAGGAGAGCCUGUGGAUUUGUUUGAUAUGUGGCAAUAUUGGAUGUGGGAGAUAUAUAGGACUACAUGCUUACAGGCAUUUCCAAGAGACCCAGCACACAUACGCCAUGGAGCUGGGCAACAAUAAGGUAUGGGACUACAUCGGUGACAAUUACGUACACCGGCUCGUGCAAAACAAAUCUGACGGAAAACUCGUGCAGGUGGAUGAGGGCGGGAAUCCCGUGCAGGAUGAGAAAAUUGAUGCCCUUAACCUGGAGUACACAUACCUCCUGACAAACCAGUUAGACUCUCAACGACUCUACUUUGAGGAGAAGAUGGGUGAUGUAGAGAGCGCCAUGUUCGAAAAGGUCCAUCUUCUAGAGGAAGAGAACAUGAGCCUAGCUGAGCAGUGCAGCAAACUGCACAUGAACCUCGAGUGUGCAAUCAAGGAUAAACACAUGUCGGAGAAGAAGUGCACCCAGUUGCAAACCAGAUUGAAGAAGGUUUUUCAUGACUUACAAGAGGAAAGGGAGAUAAACAAGAGCCUGCAGAGAAACCAGGAUGAAUGGAAACAGAGAGUUACCACCCUUGAAUGUGAAAUGAAGAAAUUCACAGAUGCCAAAGAUAAGGAAAUCUCUGAGCUUCGUGAGCAGUUACGUGACGUGAUGUUCUAUGUAGAGGCCCAGGGAAAGCUGCAGCAUGCGGAGGGCGUGUCACAGGAGGAGAUCAGCGAGAGCCAUGUCAUACUGGGGGGUGCCACAGGGGGAGCUCAGCAAGGGGCAAAACAGGGGAGGCGGAAGAAACAGAGAUGAUAAAGGAUUUAUGCAGGCUGCAUGGGGAGAAUAAAGACAACUUGAUAAAACAGACAGAUAUGAUUCAAAAGAUAUUUAAAAUAGAGAUGAUGUUGAGUUGAAUGUGAUAUAAAGUGGCAGAAACUAUUGGCAACGCUAUAGCUCUAUAAAACUGUUGCGAACUAACAUCAAGGCUGUAUUCAAUAUCGUUCUUAUCCUUAGAGAUGCCUCAGUGACUCCAUUGAGUCCAUUGGCCAGUUAAUCUUACAGUCCAAUUAAAAUGCUUGGAUUCUAAUCUUUAAAUUAAGUGAAAUCUAAGGUGGUUGUUCAAUACAGCCUCUGAUGUCACAGAAACCCUCAUGUUGUCACAAAAUAAGCUUUCCUUUAUUAUUGUAUGUUAAGGAAAACAUUUAGUUUUAAGCUUACACCAAGUUCUUUACCAGUCCUUGUACAGUGUUUUCAUUAUGAUGCUUUUUUGUCCUUGAAGGAAUAAAAACAAACUGUUCAAUCUGUAUGUUUUACCUAUGGUUGUGUUAUAUUCAUAUUCAGUGUUUUAAACCCUAUGUUGGACUUCAAUUAAGUGCUUACUUCAAUGUAGUACAUGUAUACAUGUGUAUGUAUAAUGUACAUGUUGUUAUGUUCUUUUAAAGAAUGUUGUUUGUUAUAUUUAUACUCACCACAUUAUGAAUAUACAUGUUGAUUUUUAAGGUGGGCAUAUUAAAAUCGCACCGUCCGUCCGUCCGGCUCUGUAACUUUCCCUUGUAUGGGCAGAUUUUAAAAUAACUUGCCACAUGUGUUUCACAUACCAAGACGACGUGUGGCGUGCAAGACCCGUGUCCCUACCUCAAAGGUCAAGGUCACACUUAGUGUUUAUUCACAAUGGAGUGCUGCAUAUAAGGACAUAGAGUAUAGGUUGUCGUGUCCGGGCUGUAACUUUCUCUUGUAUGGACAGAUUUUAAAAUAACUUGCCACAUGUGUUCCACAUACCAAGACGACGUGUCGCGUGAAGGCCCGUGUCCCUACCUCAAAGGUCAAGGUCACACUUAGUGUUUAUUCACAAUGGAGUGCUGCAUAUAAGGACAUAGAGUAUAGGUUGUCGUGUCCGGGCUGUAACUUUCUCUUGUAUGGACAGAUUUUAAAAUAACUUGCCACAUGUGUUCCACAUACCAAGACGAUGUGUCGCCUGCAAGACCCGUGUCCCUACCUCAAAGGUCAAGGUCACACUUAGUGUUUAUUCACAAUGGAGUGCUGCAUAUGAGGACAUAGAGUAUAGGUUGUCGUGUUUGGGUUGUAACUUUCCCUUGUAUGGACAGAUUUUAAAAUAACUUGCCAAAUGUGUUCCACAUACCAAGACAAUGUGUCGCGUGCAAGACCCGUGUCCCUACCUCAAAGGUCAAGGUCACACUUAGUGUUUAUUUACAAUGGAGUGCUGCAUAUAAGGACAUAGAGUAUAGGUUGUCGUGUCCGGGCUGUAACUUUCUCUUGUAUGGACAGAUUUUAAAAUAACUUGCCACAUGUGUUCCACAUACAAAGACGAUGUGUGGCGUGCAAGACCUGUGUCCCUGCCUCAAAGGUCAAGGUCACACAUAGUGUUUAUUCACAAUGGAGUGCUGCAUAUAAAAACAUAGAGUAAUGGUUGUCGUGUCCGGGCUGUAACUUUCCCUUGUAUGGACAGAUUUUAAAAUAACUUGCUACAUGUGUUUCACAUACCAAGACGACGUGUCGCGUGCAAGACCCGUGUCCCUACCUCAAAGGUCAAGGUCACAUUUAGUGUUUAUUCACAAUGGAGUGCUGCAUACAAGGACAUAGAGUAUAGGUUGUCGUGUCCGGGCUGUAACUUUCUCUUGUAUGGACAGAAUUUAAAAUAACUUGCUACAUGUGUUCCAAAUACGAAGUCGACGUGUUGUGUGCAAGACCCAUGUCCCUACCUCUAAGGUGAAAGAUACACUAAGUGUUUUUCACAAGGGAAUUCUGAAUAUAAGGACAUAACAGUGUAGGUUGUCAAGUAUGGGUGGUAUUUUUUAUGUUCAGAGGCAAUUUAAAAUAACUUACCAUAUGUAUUUGACAAGUAAAGGCAAGAUCAACUUUUUAUGUACUGACCUUGUUCGUAGGUCAAUGUCACAUUCGGGGGCAUUCGUCACAUACUGUGACAGCUCUUGUUUUAUCAAUAGUUACUACUUGAAACUCAAAAAGUUGGGGUUUCAAACUUAAAAUUAAUUGGGGGGAGUGGGGUGGAACAUUCAUUAUUUAAACUCUCCAAAUACUUAAAAACAGAAAAUUAGAAAAUUAAAAUAUGUGGGUCACUACUACACAGGGCACAGGAGCAAAUUUACUUUUUAUGUUUUUCUGUUUAUAGAGUAAAUACAGGCUAGGCAAACAUAAAAAAAUAGUUUGCUUCUGUCCAUAUCAGUUCCCAGUAAAAUCUAUUGCUGAGAAAAGGACAUGAUGUUUAUCAGAGCUAACGAGUUUUCCCAGAUUUUACAAGACUGAAGUCUGCCUUACUUUACCUUUGCUCCUGAAAAUGAAACCCAUUCAAAUUACAAAAUAUAUAAUCAUUGUUUUUGAAUUCUGGUAUAUGUUUACUACAGCUAGUAAUUUUGUUGUUUAUUCUUUUUGUUAAGUGUAAUAAUACAAAAUGUAUAAACAUGUUGAUUAUUUAUAUUUAAUUUUUGAUAACAUACUCACAGUAUUGUUCCCCUUGCUGUAUUAUAUAUAUGGAUGUAUUGAUUUCAGAUCAAAGUAAUGUUUGCGUGUUCACAUCAUUUUAAGUGAAAUUGAACCAAUUUGUUCAAAUAUUUAGAGGGUCGUUUUUAGUGGCAUCAUUGUAAACUUUUUAAGGUAAACUAUUUUAUGAUGGGCUGAUAUACUAAGAUGAACCAGGCAUAGCUGAAAACAGUUGUUUUAAUAUUUGUAUGAAAGCAUAUCGCAAGUGUGUCCAUGAAAUUUACAGAGUAGUAAAAAAAUGAAAGUUAACAAUGAUGAUGUUAACAACCUAAAACAGUUCUGAACCAUCAGCCCGUUGUUAGAGCUAUUCCAGUAAAACGGGGGGAAGGCAAUUAUUUAAAUAGUAUAUGGGUGGGUGUCCUUUUUUGCUAAUUUGGACCCUGAAAGGGUAAAUUUGCUUCUGUUGGGGGGUGGUAUAUUUCAAAAGUGCCUGCCCACCGGGGGUUAUUUGUUUAAAUGGAAUAGCCCUAAGUUAAAUGAAGAUGCAGUAUUUAACUGAUAGUAAUACAAUUACAUAACCUGGCUGUUUUAGAUAAGCCUAAUCUUGUGACAGACCACUGUAAUGAAAUCAAAAGUAUUUUGUAAAAUGCUUGCAAAUGAACAAACACAGACACCCUAUAUGUUGCACAAACAUGUAUAUUUGAUUUUAAAACUGACUAACUAACAAGGGGCACUUCAGAACUUUGUUGAAGGUAACAAUGUGUUUAAUGACAUCCUUGUUGAGUUUUAAACGUGAAAUAUUUGAUGAUCUGCUCACAUAUUUAAAAAUAAGUGAGUACAGCUAAAACACAGCAGGGGCAGUGAUUACAAACAGUCUCAAGUCUGAGUCCAAGCUCAAUACUCACUAGGGCAAAAUUUCAUUUCAUUGUAAUUUUCCUUCUUGCAAAGCAUUGAUGAAGAUAUUUGCUGAACUUAUAUUACUAUUUGAGUAUUGUACUAAUAUUUACAUAUAUUUCGGGAAAAGAAAUUAAAUUAAUAUGAUUUUUUUGUUCCUUCAUAAAAAUGCUUUUCUGAGCCUGAGUCUAGACUUGGACUUGAGACUGUUCGUAAUAAUGGCCCCUGAUCACAAGUGUAUCCAUUAAACUUCCAGAGCAGUAACACUGAAAGUUUACAACGGUGCUGUCAACAACAUAUGUUAUUAGCUUACAAAGUUUUGAACAAUCAGCCUAAUAUAUAUGCAUAUUAUACCUCACAUAAAUUUGUCUCUUCUUUGUAUAUAUAAACUUGAUCGGUCCGUAUAUCACUGUAUUUUGAUGAAAAAUCUAGUUUAAUGACUUCAGCGGUCUAUAUUACAUUUUCGGCCGGUCCGGACCUCACCAAAAAUGUAAUAUGGACAGCUGACGUCAUACAAUUGGUAAGUGCGGCUUGCUAUUUUCACAACGGCGAAAACUUGUCGCAAGUAAACAUUAUUAGCUUUGUUCAAUAAAACACAUUUAAAUCGCUUUAAAUAUAUUGAAUUGUAAUGAAAAGUGUUUGGUAUAAUAAAAGAAAUAUAACACACCACUUCAGGCCAUAUGGCAUUAUAAGGACCAUAAAAGGUGUAUAUGGACCGAGGCGUUAGCCGGCUGACUGGCCUGUCCUCGUAAUGUCAUAUGACCCUCAGUGGUGUGUUAUAUUUCUUAAAUAUAUCUUGUAUAUUGUAGAUAUAUGUACUGAUGUAAACAUAUAAUAGAAGUAAUUGUUUUGGGCUCCAACAACCCUGUUAAUUAGAUUUAGCACAAGGGUAAUUUUUUUAUAUCGAUGGUUGCCGGGGCUGAAAUCUUUUUGAACCAUGUUGUCAAGGACAACGUUCAAUAACUUGCAUGCUGUAUAAGUGAACAGUGUUGAAAUUUAUUGUCAUGGCAGGUUUAGAACAGUCAUACCUGUUCCCCUGUUCCCCUUGUAACCAUUCCGCUAUGGGUGUGAAUGUGAAAAUGAAAAUAAACUUUGUUUUGUCAAGAAAUGUACUGACUGUUUCAAUAAUAAACAUACAUGUAUGUUGCCAAUUGCAGGCCAAUUACUUUUGAUUGUUGUUCUUACUAGCUAUUUAUUUAUUCUUCUUUGCAUUUUGUAUAAUUAUUUUUAAAUUUUUCUUUGCUUUUUGUAUCAUAAAAGAUCACCUUGUGAAUUGUGAUAAAGAAUUAUUGUAUUGUCUUUGAUUGUCUUUAUAUUAAAGAAAAUAAAAGUUUUA